GUCCCGCCUCGCCCGGCACCAUGCACUGUAGUUGCCGCGGAAGCGUGGAGUGAGCGUCGCUUCCCACCCCCAUGGCCACCUCCGCGGCCGCGGCGCCCGGGCCGGGGCUACCCCCGGCCCCCGCGCGUCCGGACUUCUAUUGGCUCCGCUCCCUCGUCGCGGGAGGUGUUGCUGGGUGUUGUGCCAAAAGUACCAUUGCACCAUUGGAUCGAGUAAAGAUUUUACUGCAAGCUCAUAAUCACCAUUACAAACAUCUAGGAGUGUUUUCUACAUUGCUUGCUGUCCCAAAAAAGGAGGGUUACCUUGGGUUAUAUAAAGGAAACGGGGCAAUGAUGAUUAGAAUCUUUCCAUAUGGUGCAAUUCAGUUUAUGGCAUUUGACCAAUAUAAAAAGCUAGUAAAGCAGAAACUUGGGAUUUCUGGGCAUGUGCACCGGUUAAUGGCUGGAUCCAUGGCAGGUAUAACAGCAGUCAUUUGUACUUACCCUCUUGAUAUGGUUAGAGCACGUCUGGCCUUCCAAGUGAAAGGGGAGCACAAAUACCGUGGAAUUAUUCAUGCAUUCAAGACUAUAUACACAAUGGAAGGAGGUUUUACUGGUUUCUACAGAGGUCUGAUGCCCGCUAUUGUAGGAAUGGCUCCUUAUGCAGGUCUUUCAUUUUUUACUUUUGGUACUUUAAAGAACAUUGGACUUACUCAUGCGCCCAGUCUGCUUGGAAGGCCUUCAUUAGAUAAUCCUGAUGUCUUAGUUUUGAAAACACAUGUAAAUCUUCUGUGUGGUGGCAUAGCUGGAGCUAUAGCCCAGACAGUAUCGUAUCCACUUGAUGUAACUCGUAGGCGAAUGCAGUUAGGAACAGUUCUUCCAGAUUCUGAGAAGUGCCUUACAAUGGUGCAGACACUGAAGUAUGUAUAUCAGAACCAUGGAAUACGAAGAGGAUUAUACCGUGGUUUAUCUCUGAAUUAUAUUCGUUGUAUUCCUUCACAGGCUGUGGCUUUUACCACAUAUGAACUUAUGAAACAGUUCCUGCACCUCAACUAAAGUAUUUUUUGUAAGGUACAUUGCAAGACUGUGGCAUGUGUCUACAUGUUAUAUUUCUGAGUAAAUCACUUGAAAUGGGAUAUUUAAUCUGUCACUGUGAGACUACUGGUAUCUUGGUAUUUUAUUUUCCCAAAAAAACAACAUGGUGUAAUAAAACCUUUUGGAGUCAAAGCAGGUUGUCCAAAAUUAACAUUAUCUUGCUAUAAUUAACUCUCUGUACUUGAAACUUUAGGCUCCCUUAGGUUAAUUAUGUAUCAUUGUAUAUUUGUCAUGGAUAUCAUGAAAGGAACUUUAUAUUUUUUUUAAAUACGGGUUUCAAAGUGACUGCUGUUUAGCUUUACUAUGCCAUUCCACAAUUUUAAUAUUAUUUAUUAUUGUGUUGCUUCUUGAGCUAAGCUAAAGAGAGAGAGAAAAGAAUACACUAAAAUACAGUUAAUUGAAUUUUCAGGAAGCUGUUAAGCCCUAUAAAAGUAGAACUUUGGCAGCCCUUAGUUUGUAUGGCUUUAUUUUUAUUGCACAAGUAUUUUGUUGCAUAGAAAUAGAUAAUACUUUUAUGCAUCUCUUCAGGGUAAACAUUUUAGUAAAUAUGAAAAUCUUUUUCAGCCAUUGCAGUUAACAUUGCUUAUGUUCUUACAUACAUCUCAUUACUAAUCUUGUGAUUUGGAAGCCAGUAACUUUACCUAUUGUCAUUUGUAAGCACUGUUAUGGUUAAUAUUGCUUACAGUAACAAAUGGUAGGCAAAAGGUCUCUGAAAACAAUUUAGUAUGGGCCUAAUCCUGCAAGGUAUUAUGUAUCUUUUAUAAAGUGCUGACUGCCCUCUUUCUUUAAUGGAGGUGGAGGGUACUCUACAGUUUUCAGUGUCAGCCCCUAUACCCAGACUUGUUUAUGUUGCAAUGUAUGGGGGAAGUAUAGACAAGGCUGGGUAUGCUGUUGCAUUUACUUUUUUGGGCAUAUGGACCAUUUACAUAAAGGGCCAGAAAAGUAAAUGAAGGCUAAAGUGAAGUGUGUUCAUAAAUGCAUUCUCUCUGUAGCAUAGCAUGCAACAUUCUGCAAUGCUGACUUUUAUUUUUUUUCCUGCUAUGGUUGCUGUACAUUUCAUUGUAGCACAUGGAUAUGGUACCAGGCCUGUUAAUAUGUUAUAAAUGUUCGUAUAGUUUUGCUUUAAAAAACACUUUAACUGAAAAUCUGUAAGACUACAGUAAUUGUUUUACAUUUAUUUUAAGCGAUAUAAGUUAUUUAUUUAUUGUAAUUAAAUGAAUAGUAUCCUUUAGGAAUUGGUUAUAUGGAUAUAGUGCCUGAACUAUUGGUUACAAGAACAAUAUUGCAUAUUUUAACAAAUAGGUUAAAAACAGGAAUUUGAGUUUAUUCCCCCAAUAAUAGCUUUUUCUGGGAUGAUUUCCUCCCUCCCCACCAUUUUCUUAAAGUAAGUAUUUCCUUGCUAUUUGACAAUGUAGUUAUAUUCAAGUGAUAUGUAUAUAGGUAUAUUUUGUUAAAAAUCUGAGUAACGACUCAAUACCUCUAAUUUGAAAUGUUAUGAUUUGCAGCUAAUAAGUGCAUGGUUUUGGAAUUAUUGCUUAUUUACCCUUGUAAAUUAACUUAAAAUAAAGUUGUUGUGCUUGAUUUGGUUUAAUAGCAACUUCA